AUGUUGAAAGAUAAAACAAAGGGAAUGGCGGUUGCUGCAAGCAUGGGGUCGGCCAAAGUGGGUCGAAUAAUCAGCAAAAGGAGCAAUGUAGGCAAGCCAGGGCAUGGGAAGCGGAAAAUGCACAGGGCGGCACGAAAAAUGACGAAUGAAGAUAAGCUUGUUUAUUUGGAGGCAGGUGGAGGAGUUGGGCAUAUGAAACAUUUAAGAUCGACAAGAUUAGGAACUUCAGUAAGUUUAGCAAGAUCAAUAAAUCCAGGAAAUUCAGCAAAUCCAGGAAAUUCCGUAAAUCCAGGAAGUUCAGCAAGUUCAGCAAACCAAAGAAGUCCAGUAAGUUCAGCUGGUUCAACUUCAUCUUCUACAUUCUCUUCAACUACUUCAUUCACCCACUUGAAAUCACCAAAUGCACGAACUGAAGCCAGAAAGACGAACAAGGAACAGCCGCUUGCCGCAAUAGACAAGCAGAAGGACUGCAUCCCGCAGGUGGCGGAUCCCAAGCAGGAGUUGGAGAAAAUGUAUCGGAGUGUAAAAAACACUGCAGACAGCGAUAAAACACCAAAAACGCCUCCAAAAAGCGAGAAUAUGCAGCCAAGUAUGUCCCAAACGGAGUUGCUCGCACAGAUGGGCAACAUGGCGGCCUUCCAGAACGCACCAGCAGGAUUUUUGGAGACGCUCUGCGGGAACUUGCACGUGGCAAGGUACAGACCCGAGCAGUACGUGUUGAGAAAGAGGUGUAAGGACACAUCCUUACACUGGAUUUUGCAGGGCAGUGCGCGGCUCACCAUGCUUUCUGGUGCAGGCGAGGAGGUGCACGGAGAAAUUUGCGAGGGCGAUCUUUUUGGGGAGCCCAGUUUUUUCAUCCGGGGCGACUGGGAAAUCGACGUGGUAGCGAGGACGGCAGUGGACGUCGCGGGGCUGACCGCGUCCGGGUUAGCGAGGAUGUACGAAAAAUUUCCCGGGUGGCUCACGAAAAUUCUAGAGACCGUACAGAGGAAGUGGGUGGUGAACGGAUGUCGGCACAUCGAGGCGGCGCACCGCUUUCUUUGCUCGUUGCCGCUGUUCCGCAGCGGCCCGCAGGGGGUGUUGCGCAAGCUGGCGCGCAAGGCCAUCUUCCGCGCAUACCACCCGCGUGAGUACAUCAUCCGCAGGCGCGACCUCGGCCGCGACAUUUUUUUCAUCGUCACGGGAAUAACCGAGGCCUUCUACGGACGCGAGACCAAAUCGCGCCAUGCCGACAUGCUUGCGCGCCCCAUCUCGCGCCUUGGUCCGGGUCAGCAUGUCGGUGAAAUCGAAUAUCUUUGCUUUCCGCCGGGUGCGCGCCCGCGCCGCCUUGAGUCCAUCCGCACGGUAACCGCAAGCGAGGUUUUGAGGGUGCGCGCCGCCGAUUUGGACAUGAUCCUAGCUAGUUUUCCCAAAGCGUACGAGGAUUUAAAGUACUUCGCGUUUGAAAGAAACGUGUCGAUGUGGAAUACGGCCAAGGCGGCAGCUUGCGGCCAUCCGGACUCGAUGCCGCAUAUCGCGCCGCGCAGGGGUGCGCAGCGCAAGUUCUCGCUCAUCAACUGCAAGGUUCCAGACAACAUCAUCUUGCGCAUUCUCGCGGACCUCGGACUCCGCGAUCUCGUGAAAUGCUGCCGCGUGUCGCGGCGCUGGAACAAGCUCGUGAAGGGCUCAGAAAAACUCUUUAGAGCGCUGGAUUUCCGCCCCCUUGCGCGGCAGUUAGACGACCGGACGCUUGUUUCAAUCGCGUGCCUUGCGGGUGCGCGCCCGCGCAUCGUCGAUCUUUCCGGUUGUUACCACAUUACGGACCGAUCGUUCUACCCCGCGAUGCGCGCAAUGGCGGCAUGCGGCAACUUGGCGCAGAUCUCGCUCUGCGACAACUGGAAUCUUUCACCCCGUGCGCUAAUAGAUCUUUGCACCAUGUGCGGCGCCGUGCGCAGGCUCGACCUCAGCAACUGCUCUGGCGUCACGAACACGGUGGUUCUGGAAAUUAUUUCCAACUGCCCUCUAUUGGAGGAGUUGGACCUCUCCUACUGCAAAAGAAUCACAGAUAAGACAAUGGCGCAGUUUGCGCGGUGGAAAAACCCGCAUCUCACAAAGUUGCGGCUUGCGCGCUGCACCGCAAUCUCCAAUACCGGAUUCUGCUACUGGUGCUCCGCCAACUUUCCCAACAUGCGCGAGCUCGUGUUGCGCGACUGCGUCUCAAUUUCCGACAGUGCGCUAUCCGCAAUUGCUGCCGCAUGCCGCAACCUCACUGCGCUCGAUCUAACUUUUUGUUGCAAGCUCUCCAACAAUGCGCUUGCCAUUUUGAGCUAUUUCUGCAAGGGUUUGCGCAACCUGAACUUGUCGUUUUGCGGCAGCGCAGUCAGCGACCGGUCUUUGGUGCAUCUUUUAUCAAUGCGGCGCAUGUCCAACUUGACGCUCACGGGGUGCGCACAGGUCACGCGCGAGGGGGUGUACUUGCUCGUUACGAACUGUGGGGCCUUGCGUAUGCUUGGCGUCGGCCAGUGCCCCUUGAUAGACACGUACCGCGGCGUUGCACAACCUGCGCUUAUCGGCGGCCAGGGGCGCGAGAGGUGCGCUUAUCUAAAAGGCGCCGCCAACCAGCGCAUCCGCGUCACUAUCCGCUCCUGA